AAAGUAAAGCGCCGAGUGCGGGCGAAGCAUGUGUAGGGCUCCGGGUCCCUGUCUGCGCCGCCGCCGCCACCCGCGCGUCCCGCCGCUGGCCCAGCCCGGCCCCGGCCUGCGCCCCCGCGCCCCGCUGGCCCCCCGCACGAGAUGAUGGACGGCCGCCUCCUGGAGCACCCGCAUGCCCAGUUCGGGGGCUCGCUCGGCGGUGUGGUGGGCUUCCCCUACCCGCUGGGCCACCACCACGUGUACGAGCUGGCCGGCCACCAGCUGCAGUCGGCCGCCUCAGUGCCCUUCUCCAUCGACGGCCUGCUCAGCGGCUCCUGCGCUGCUGCCGCCGCCUCGGUGGUCAACCCCACGCCGCUGCUGCCAGCGGCCUGCGGGGUAGGCGGCGACAGCCAGCCUUUCAAGCUGUCAGACACGGGGGACCCAGACAAGGAGAGCCCGGGGUGCAAGCGGCGGCGCACCCGCACCAACUUCACUGGCUGGCAGCUGGAGGAACUGGAAAAAGCGUUCAACGAGAGCCACUAUCCCGACGUGUUCAUGCGCGAGGCGCUGGCGCUGCGCCUGGAUCUGGUUGAGUCCCGCGUUCAGGUCUGGUUCCAAAACCGGCGGGCCAAGUGGAGGAAGAAGGAGAACACGAAGAAGGGCCCGGGGCGGCCGGCACACAACUCGCACCCGACCACGUGCAGUGGCGAGCCCAUGGACCCCGAGGAGAUCGCCCGCAAGGAGCUGGAGAAGAUGGAGAAGAAGAAGCGCAAGCACGAGAAGAAGCUGCUGAAGAGCCAGAGCCGCCACCUGCACUCGCCCGGCGGUCUGUCCCUGCACAGUGCACCCAGCUCUGACAGCGACAGCGGCGGGGGCGGUCUGUCCCCGGAACCCCCCGAGGCGCCGCCGCCCGCCACCGUGGCCAAGGGCCCCGGCGUGCACAAGGCCGGCGCCGCAGGUCCUGCGCCUGCACCGCCGGGCGAGCCGCCCGCUCCGGGCACUUGUGACCCCGCCUUUUACCCGAGCCAAAGAAGCGGCGCCGGCCCACAGCUGCGGCCAGGCCGCCCCGCGGACAAGGAUGCGGCCCCGUGUGCACCCGGAGUGGCGGCGGCAGAGCGUGGCGUCGCGGGCCUGCCCAAGGCCAGCCCGUUCAGCGUAGAGAGCCUGCUAUCCGACUCACCGCCACGCCGGAAAGCCACCGCCGCCGCUGCGGGGCUGGACUUCGCACCCGGGCUGCCGUGCGCACCGCGGACCCUCAUCGGCAAGGGCCACUUCCUGCUCUACCCCAUCACGCAGCCGCUCGGCUUCCUGGUGCCGCAGGCCGCGCUCAAGGGCUGUGCGGGCCCCGAGCCCGCGCCCAAGGACGCGCCGCCGCGCCCGCUGUUGCCGCCCGCGCCGCCUGCUCAGGCCAGCUUCGGGGCCUUCCCAGGGCCCGGCGGCGCUCCGGACUCGGCCUUCGCGCGCCGCAGCCCCGACGCUGUCGCCUCCCCUGGGGCCCCGGCGCCUUUCCGGGAUCCGGCCGUGGCCGAGGGCGGUGGCGGUGACUGCUUGGACGCAGGGGUUGCCUGCCCGGCAGCCCCGCCACCGCCACCCCUCCCGCCGUCACCCGGGUCCGGAACGCAGGCGCCCAGCCCCGCCGGGGAGCCGGCCAUCUGUGGGGGCCCCGAGCCAGGUGCCGCGGUCGGACCCAGCGUCCCAGAGGCCGAGGAGGUGGACAUGGACUGAGGGUGGCCGACAGCGGCGCCCAGCCGGCUCGGCCGGCGGCUCAGGCUCCGACUCACAACGAAAUCAGGUGAUGGGGUUAGAAAUACUGCUUUUUCCUCUUUCUUCUGUUUUCUCCUCCCCCCCCCGCCCCUUUUAAAAACGCUGUAUCAAUUCGGGCCUAGGCAGCAACCGCAGGACUUGGGGUGAGACCUCUCUCCUCAAGGGAGCGGAAUAAAAAACGAGAACAAAAAAAAACAAAACCCUAAAAACAAAACCGAACCCGUACUCCCCCCCCAAAAAAACCCACAACAAGAAUCCUCAGCCUUGUAAAAUGGAAAAUUGUCUAAGAAUAUUUAUAUAUGUACCAUUUUUGAUAAAUAAAGCUGGUCAAACGCAAGA